UUUGUCAUAAUAAAUGCAUCAUGUACAUACAAUUGUACAUCAGCGUCUUGUACGCCAACUAUAUGUCAACACCUGAAUUACUGCACGUUUUGAUGCGUCUGCGUUGUCUUCAUUUUGGAAUCAAUUUAUGUUCGCAUAGGCUAUGUAUAUCUAUAUAUAAUGUGUAUGGCAUUAGCAAAUAUGGCAGACAGUGAAAUUUAGUUGUAAUUAUGUGUAUACAUUUAUUAUUGAUAAAAUUGUGAUUAAUUAUCACUAAAUAUUAUUUCUUUUUACGAAUUUACAACGUAUUACAUACUAUGGCUCUACGGAAAAUGUAGUGAUAUAACAGUGUAAUGACAACAAAAUAUUUUUUGUGAUAUUAUGAUUGACAAAGUAUUGGAACUUUGAACAACUAAUAUGGAAAUUAACACAAGCAAAUGUGAAGUGGAAAGUAUUCAGCCUAGAAUGCAGGAACCUAGUGAAGCAAUAAGUGAAGAUAGUGUUGAUGCCGAAGAUCAUAUAGAUGGAUAUAAUUGUGCUGAUCUUAGCAUUGAAUUUUCUUUGGAUAAUGAACAUCAACACUUGAAGUAUUUUAUUAACAAUGAUCCUCGUAAUAAUGAGAAUAAUAAAAAUAUCGACGAUGAUGAUAAUGAUGAUGAUGAUGAUGAAGAUGAAGAUGAAGAUGACGAAGAUGAUGAUAAUGAUGGUGAUGAUGAAGAAGAUCAAUUAACAAACUACAGUGAUGUAGAUUUGCCAAGUGAUAGUAAUAAACAUAGUAAUGUGAUAAAUUACGAUGGACGGUUUUCACGUCGAAAAAAGAAAAAGAAAAAAGAUGAUGUUAUUGAUCGUGUAGUGUCAGAAUCAGAAUCAGAAAGAUUUUCGAUUCCACGAUCAAGUUCCGUAAGCAUUGAACGGUUUUCAAUUCGUGCUAAUUAUGAUUCAUCUGAUUUUUCUCGAACUAAUUCCAUAUCUAAUGAAAAAUUUCAUUCAGAUUUUUCAUUAGCGGUAGCAAGUGCAAGUUCUGGUGAUUGUAUAUCUAUACCAACGUCAGAUCCCUUUUCAGUUAGAAAUCUAGAUUUUGCAGCUUCUGCAUUUUCACUAGGUCGUGUAAAUUCGUACAGUGAAAAAUUCUCUGAUAUUUACUCAACAAAAAAUUCCGAUUUUUCAACAAGAAAUUCAACUGACUUCAGAACAACGCAAUCAGAAGAAGAAAGAUUUUCAGAUGAUUCGUUGGAAGAAGUUUCUCCAUCAAUAGCAACCACAUUAAAUACUCCAAUAAUACCAUCAUCAUCAACAACUACAGCAGCAGUAGCAGGAACAACAUCUGCUAUGCUUUUUCCUCCAUUCUAUUCAAUGUCAACUGUUGCUCAACCAAAAAUACAAGUUACCAAGAGGCACUCAAUUGCUUGGGAAGUACCUUUUGAACAAAACUCUCUGUAUGCUCCAGGAAGUACCAAGGUAGUAGGUAGACGUCGAAGACGAAGCAGUGAUGUUUCUAGUAUUAGUUCAACGUAUAAGUUGCACGAUUUGGACUACGAUUGGAGAGAGUAUGACAGUUAUCGUCGUCGAACCAGUGAUAAUGAUAUUACUAAUUCUACUCCUAUUUCGACAGUUUUCUCAGUUGACGUUACAAUCGAUGCAAAAAAUUCAACCAAUAAAGCCAUGAAUAAUAAUAAUAACAAUAAAUUCAACGAGUUAAUGUUUAAACAAGAUUUAAUUAUGAAGAAUAAUACAUAUAUCAUUCGUGGUCGUACGCGAAAAAAAAAACAUUUUGCAAAACGCUAUUCAAAUACAUUUGAUGAUAUAAAGAGUCUACUUCGAGAGGGAAAAUUACAGGGCCUUAAUGAUCCACCACCAGACUUUGUACCACCACCAGUACCACCACCAGAUCUUGUUAGAGUUUUAUCUCUACCCAUUUUUCAUCAUAAACAAAAAGAAGAACUUAAAUCAGCUUGCCACAGAGAUGUAAUUUCUGAAUCAUCAAACGAUAUGAAUUUGAAACAUGAAGAACGAAAUUCUGCUGUUUUACAUACAUCUACGACUAUUAAUACUCCUAUCUUUACGACUAUAACAACUACAACUAUUACCAAUACUCAGCACUCUUCUUCAUCAUCAUCGCUAUCAACUCUGCCUGCAUUAUCAAAUCAUAAGAAUAAAAAGUGCCAAAAAUCAAAAUACAGCGAAUACGCAAAUCUUACUUCAAAUUCACUGCCUAUCUCAAACAAUAACUCAGGAAUCAUUCACUUACCUAAUUCUAAUUAUUCCAAUAAAAUGUCAUCUUUAAAGUUAGCUGAAAAUCAAUUUGAAUUAUAUAAUUUUAACAAAUUGGUUAAUCCAACAGUAUCAGUAGAUUGUAAUAAUCAAUCGAAAAUUCCAGUGACUGUACUGAUUGAAGACCAGAUAGUAAAAAAAGCUCUAAAUGAGAAUCGUCGCCAACUUGAAAAAGUGAGUGAUGCUUUGAAGGAGCUAGAAACCGUUCGAAGUAAUGAUACUCAAUCAUUAAAAAACGAACAAGAGAGAAUAAAAGAUGGUAUCGAUAUGCUUGAAUUUGAUAUGAAUAGUUCAGACAAAAUUUUACACAAUGAUAAUAUAAAUCCUGAAUCAAAAUAUCUAUGUGGUAAGCCUAAUGACACUGUUCAUCAAUAUUUACACAUUUCUACAGAUGUAAAAAAUUAUGACAAUCAAAUGACUGAAAAUUCAACCACAAAUAAGCUACGUACAACUGAAGAAGUUGUAACCAGUGAAUUGGAAAAUUCAAACAAUUCAAGAUUUCAGAUUAAUGUCGAAAUGAUAGAAUUUCCACCUCUUCCACCUUCUCCUGUUGAAGAAGCUGAUGAAGAAAAUUUCGAUGUGAUCAAUACUGGAUAUUCAAAUGUUAAUUCUUCAUCACAUAAAAAUUCAUCACAUAAUCUUCCGAUAUCAGUGCCCUCAACUCGACAUGUUCCAACUGGACGAGUAUCAGAAUAUCGGCCUCAAGUUCCACCCCAUCGUAUACCAUUAUCAUCUUUAACAAAUGUCAAGGAUGAUCGACCUUUAUUGAAUACAAGUAGAAAGAAUGAAAUAUCGAAUGAAAGAUGCACUUUAUCAACUGACCUACCUGGUCCAUCUUCAGGAGUACGUUCUAAAAAACGUAUAUCUGCAAAAUCAUCAUUGGCUGAUAGUGCCGUUGACAAUGGAAUGACGGAUAAAAAAUAUACUCCAUCGAAAAUCAAUUCUGGUAUGCAAACUUCGUGUUCUCUUCCCGAAACGCCAGUAUUUGCAAGAGGAUGUGAUACUAAUUCUCGUAUAGUACAAUAUGUUUCUACUGCUAGUAGCACUUUAUCUAUCGUAGCAACUACAACUACUACAACUGUAACAAGUACAACUCCAGUUACAACGAAAAUAACUCCAAUCACAUCUGAAGGAGUUAUUAGUCAGAUUCGACGACAACCUAGUUGGUAUGGACCAACUAUUUCAACUACCGGAGGGUAUCGUCGAAAUAAUCCCAACUUAGAAGAGGCAUUAAUAGGUACAGAGCUUCUCAGACUAGCUGGUGGACCAAAUCGUGGAUGGUAUCCAACUCGUCGUUCAACAACAAAUCAGCCGCGACCAGCUUCUAUUGAACACCUAGAACGCUUAAACAGUGCUUACGGAUCACGAUUUUCUAACGCCGCUUAUUCUGGAGAUUUUCUACAAAGGAAACCACUAACCUUACCAACUAACAUUACGCCUAAUAAAUUUUUCGGUCAUCAAAGCAAACACAGCACCGUCACCUCUGGUACACGUGAGGCGCUUCGACGAGUUACUAGUUUGCUUAUUAAAAAAGGAGUAGGAGUGAAAAGUGAUGGAAAAAAUGGAGCAUCUGGAAAAGAUGGUCACAGUAGUGGAAGUAGUUUCUAUUCUGGCUGUGACUCAACAUCAAGUAAUGAUGGUUCUAGAAAAAAAGGUUUCUUCAAAAGUUUUUGGAAAAGAUCACGACACUAUUCCUUAGAAAAUCAAUAACCCAUUUCUAUAAUAAACUAUACACCUUUGAUGAACUGGAAAAAAUUAUUACCAACAUGAAUGUUCAAAUAAUUAUAACUCAUCAUUAACUAGAAUUUUUCGAAAUUUUAUUACAACGGUAAUUUCUAAUCGCUGUUGGAAAUAUUAUUUUAUCUAAAAUUUACAUUAUUAUAGUAUCAUUAUCAACUAAAAACCACUGACUUUCUAUAUUUUGAAAAGUUAUUUAUUGUUAACUUAUUAAAUGUCAGUAAAUGAUAAAUUAUUAUUACUCUUAUUAUAUUGAUUUAUUGUAAGUAAAUUAUUACCUUUUACUUGGAUACGUGUUAUCAAUUUUAAAGGAGAUCUGAGUACCAUGUUUGUAGAUUGAAAAAAGAUAACAUUAAUUGUUAUUGUUGUAAUUCCCAAAUCAAACAGUAUCAAUUUGUGUAAAUGGGACAGUUUAAAAAGGAUGAUCCAAAUAUAUUUUUUUCUUUUUAUUUAUUAAAAUAAAAAAAUAAUACUCAUUCGAAUUUAAUUGUUCGGAAAUGUUGUACAAUAUGAUAUAGUGCGUAAAAUAAAUAAACAUUUUAAAAUAGAA